AUGGCCUCAUCGGCAAUAUCAGGAGCUGAUCUGCGAUCGUUUACUGAAUACUUGAAAGGGUGUAAACGGAUACUGGCACUCUUAGGGGCUGGUAUAUCCGCAUCUUCUGGACUUCCCACAUUUCGAGGAGCCGGCGGUCUUUGGCGAUCUUAUGAUGCCACCGAUUUGGCGACUCCUGAGGCAUUCGAGGCCAAUCCGGACCUAGUAUGGCAGUUUUACAGCUACCGGAGACACAUGGCACUCAAAGCGAACCCUAACCGCGCGCACCAUGCCCUUGCAGAGCUUGCAAGGAAGAAUAGGGAUUUUAUCACACUCACACAGAAUGUUGAUGGUCUUUCACAACGUGCAAAUCAUCCCUCGGAACAGCUCCACCUCCUCCACGGGUCACUUUUCACGGUCAAAUGUACCUCAUUCUACUGCAACUAUGUGCGCGAAAAUGACUUUACCGAUCCGAUAGUCCCCGAGCUUGCCAUUCCGAAAGGUGUUCCGGACUUGAGUCCAUCUGCUGAAGAUAAGACUGGCGAGGAGGCCUCAAAGGCGCUAUCCAACGCAUUAAGAAUGGAGGAAACGGAACUGGACAUAUCAGACGAGAACGUCCCGCUCCCUGCCUUGAGUCAGGAUGUCCUGCCACAUUGUCCAGAAUGUAAAGAAGGGCUUUUGCGGCCAGGCGUGGUCUGGUUUGGAGAAAGUUUACCCUUACAUACGCUAGAAACGGUGGACAAGUGGUUAAAUUCUGGUCCCGUGGAUUUGAUCUUGGUGAUUGGAACAAGUUCGAGAGUCUACCCAGCUGCAGGCUACGUUGAUAAGGCGCGUGCGAGAGGGGCCCGAGUCGCUGUGGUCAAUAUGGAUCGCAAUGAUGUUGGGUAUUCUGGCUUGAAAAAAGGUGAUUGGUUUUUCCAAGGAGACGCGGGUGUUAUAGUCCCGGAGAUAUUGCAGGGUGUCAUUGGAGACAUUUAG